UAUGUCAAUCCCAAUCUCCCAAUCUAUCCCUUCUCCCCUUCCCCCUCGGUAACCAUAAGUUUGUUUUCUACGAGCCGACCCGUUUCUGCUGCCCUGUGCCCCAUGUAGCAGACACAGGGAGGCCUGUGCACCUCGGACAAUCAGGCUGGCAUUUCAAGAUAGAGACGAUACUCAGCCUAGCAGCCAUUUCAUCACCGUCUCUGAUGUGCAAUUCAGAAUCCUUUUCCCACAGAAAAAAUAUCAUCAAUGGUGAUUGAGGCUCUAGAUCAGCUCACAAAGGUCUAUUUAGCAUAAACGGUGGCUGAGUUAAGAACCCUGUGGACUGUCAGCACUUAAAACACAGCCUGGCAGAAAGCAAGUGAUCAGGAGAUGUUUGUUGACUGAAUGAAUAACCUGCCCCACGGUUCUGAUGGUAAGAACAAGAUACUAUCUGGUGACCGCGCUGACAGAUUCUGAAACACUUUGUAAUAGUGUUGGGUUUUGGGGGGAGUGGUGUAGGGGUAGAAUUUAUUCCCCUCCGUGAUGAGAGAGGAGCUCAGAGUCCCCAGCAACAUUCAUUCCCUCGUCUUCCUCCCCAGCCCCGCUCCACCCUUCUCUGCCCAGAGCCAAGGUUGCAGUUACUCAGCUCGCAGGCAAGGGAAUGGGCCAGCAAUAGGAAUGUGCUUUUCUGAAUGCGCGUAAAGAUUCCCAAAUGCAGCCUUUGUGGCCAUUGCCAAGUGUAAUUGCGAAGAAAGAAGGGAAUCUGGUAUCUCAGGAAACAGUUCUUAUUCCAUGAGGCCUGGGAGGAGUUCACCCUUGACUCUGGGAGUUAUUACAGCUGAUGAGGACCUCAAUGAGCCUGAGCCAUUCCUGGAGCUGGAAGAAGAGAUGGAGGGGGCCCCGGCUAGUGACUUGUACUCGGCACCCAACUCCUGCCGGGGCCGCUGCCUGGAAGCCUUCGACAAGCACCACCUAUGCCACUGCAACGCCCGCUGCCCAAAGUUUGGAAACUGCUGCGAGGAUUUCGAGAGCCUGUGUGGCCGUGAGGGUUUCUCCCACACCAGCGAUGCCAUAACGAAGGGGGAAACGCAGAGCAUCUCUGAGAAGAUCUAUAGGGCAGAUACCAACAAAGCCCAGGAGGAAGACAUUGUUCUCAAUCGCCAAAAGUGCAUCUCGCCCUCGGAGGCCAGAGACCAAGUAGACCGCUGCCCAGAGCCGCUCUUCACGUAUGUCAAUGAGAAGCUCUUCUCCAAGCCGACCUACGCCGCCUUCAUCAACCUCCUCGACAACUACCAGCGGGCCGUGGGCCGCGGGGAGCACUUCACAGCCCAGCACCUGGCUGAGCAGGACACCUUCCUCAGCGAGGUUAUGAAGACGGCCGUCAUGAAGGAACUCUACGGCUUCCUCCACCAGCAGAACCGCUACAGCACAGAACAGGAGUUCGUCAACGACUUGAAAAACAUGUGGUUUGGGCUGUAUUCAAGAGGCAAAGAAGACGGGGACUCAGGCGGCUUUGAACAUGUCUUCUUAGGUGAAGUCAAAAAAGGCAAGGUCUCUGGCUUCCAUAACUGGAUCCACUUCUACAUGCAGGAGAAGGAGGGUCUGGUUGACUAUUACAGUCACAUCUGUGACGGGCCCGGGGAUUCUUACCCCAGGGUGCUGGCCUUGCAGUUCAGCUGGGACGGCUACUACAAGGAAAUGGGUUCAGCUUUCAUCGGCAGCAGCCCCGAGUUUGAGUUUGCCCUUUACUCCCUGUGCUUCAUCGCCAGGCCAGGCAAAGUGUGCCAGUUAAGCCUGGGUGGACAUCCCUUGGCCAUCCAGACCUAUACCUGGGACAAGUCAACCUACGGAAAUGGCAAGAAGCACAUCGCCACAGCCUACGUGGUGUCUCCUACCCAAUAGAGCUUCGAGCUAGAAAGGGGCGUGAGGGCAGUGAGAGCUCUUGUCGGACUGAGAUGCUAUUUGCUCUGCGCUGGAGGGGGAGGGAAUGGAGGAGACUGGGAGGGACUCCCCAAUCCAGAAAUGCCCAUAUGAGAAAGAGAGAAAAUGAUACAAAUUAGAGAAACAGUCACAUCUUUGUCCUCCAGCAUUUUGGAAACAGAAGGUGGGGACCCUCAAUAGCUCUUUGCCCUGCUGGGAGGUGGAACCCUGAAUAAGUCCUUGAGGUCUCCAGGCCUCAUGUUUCCUUUUAAUGCAAAGGGAAGGGGUUUGCCCCAUUUCCUCUUUUGGGGGUUGGUGAGAAGGCAAACCUGAUGACAUUCUUACUGUGAAGAUGUUUUCAAUUGUUCUUAGGAAGAAUGGCUGAGAGAAAUUCAAGGUUACCCUAAUGGCUGUUAUGGUACACAGCUCUGCAAACUGUAAUCACCCCCAUACUGGGGCCUCAAAUAAAACAGGCUAUGGAGAUCAA